AGGUGAGCGUUAUUCUAAAAAAAAAUGAGAAUAAAUUUCUUCAAAGAAAAAAACAAGAUUAAAUUGAAUAAGAACUUCGACCUCGACUCAGACAAUGCUUUUUCUAAUGCCAACCCGGAAUCGAAUAACUACCUGACGGCCAACAGUGAUAACGAAUAUGAUCAUUAUGGGUUCGAGAAGAAUAAAGAAUACCCAGCCGAAUCUACUACUGAUAAACGGGCACUAGAGAAGCAUAAGAAAAAAAUUGAAAAAAGGUGGCAGUUAUAUUUUACCUUCAAAAGGGACAUAAAAAAAAGUUACUACCUAAAAACGCUAAUUAGAAAGGGCAUUCCGGACAAGCUAAGACCGGACAUAUGGCCGUACCUGUUAGAUAGCAUGGUGCUGUACCUGAAGUAUCCUACCAUAUAUGAAAAAUGCCUAAACAGUGAACUCGAGGCGAAAGUCCUCAGUCAAAUUGAGUUGGAUAUAAUCCGAACCUUCCCACAUAAUAAAAACUACCGGAUGAACUCCCCCGGAUUAAUUCAGCUGAGGAACGUCCUGCACGCCUUUGCUGUUUAUAAGCCCAAAAUAAAUUACUGCCAGCAUGAAUUUUAUCGCCGCCAUCGCGUUAAUAUUUUUAAAGGAAGAAUUAGCCUUUUGGUCAAUUAUUAUUACAACAACGAAAUGAGGGGGCUUCGUAGGGACAUUAUCGUCAUAGAAGAAUUGAUACGAACGAAGUUGCCGGAUGUGCACUUGCGUUUAAAAGAAUUCGACGUUGACCUUUCCUGGAUUUGUUCCGAGUGGCUGUUGUGCUUAUUUUGCACGGCCUUUCCGAUCACCACGACGUUACGCAUAUGGGACUGCCUCUUCUACGAAGGAGACAAAAUUAUCUUCAGAAUCACAUUGGCCUUGUUUAAAAUGAAUCAGGAAAAAUUAAUUGAAUUAAAUUCAUUAGAGUCCAUCCUAUUAUUAUUUAAGGAGACAACCAAAAAUAUGGUCGAAUGCGACAAACUGAUGUACAUCGCUUUCAACGAAAUAGGUGUGCUGAAAAAAAAGAACAUCAAAAAGUUGAGGGCGAAAGCUGAAGGCAUCAUAAAAAGUGGCGUAACAUAA